CAUCUAUAGGUUUCACGUUGGGGACGUGUGCCCAACUGUGCUUGUCGGUAUAAAAUAGCAGCGGCACAUUAUUAUUAAACUUUUUGCAAAGGAGGAUUGAGGUAGAACCCGUCGGAGCCUGAAGUGGAUCCAGAAUAAACACAUGAGUAAAAGGUUUGUGAAGGCCAGCAUGAAUCAGCCAUUGGUGGUAUCAGGAGCGGGAACAGCACCUUUCUUCAAGGUGACAGUGUUUGAGCAGGAGCACUUCCAGGGCAAGAGUCAGGAGCUGACCACAGAGUGCUGCAACAUCCAGGACAGAAGCUUCCAACACAUCGGCUCGCUCAGAGUGGAGAGCGGAGCCUGGGUGGGAUAUGAGCACCAUGACUUUCAGGGGCAGCAGUUUAUCCUGGAGAGAGGGGAGUACCCCCACUGGGACGCGUACAGCGGUAGUCUGGGAUAUCAUGUGGAAAGGCUUAUGUCACUGCGCCCCAUCUACUGCGCUGCUCAUGAGACCAGCCGCAUGAUGAUCUUUGAGAAUGAGAACUUUAUGGACCGCAGUGUGGAGGUGUGUGAUGACUACCCAUCUCUGCAGGCCAUGGGUUGGUGUGGAACUCAAGUGGGCUCCAUGCACGUGCAGUGCGGAGCCUUCGUGUGUUAUGAGUUUCCUGGAUACCGUGGGCAGCAAUACAUCAUGGAGUGUGAGCGGAACAGUGGUGAUUACCCUCACUGGAAGACCUGGGGUUCACACAGCCAGACGCCCCAAAUCCAGUCCAUCCGCAGAGUCCAGCACUGAGAGAGAG